CCGGUCAAAACGGAUCUCUAUUUUGUGGUCGGUCACCCCCCGAUGGGUGUAGCUGCUGUGGCCAGCACUGGUGACGGCUUGGGCAGGCAGGCACUCACCAGUGUGGGAUUGACAUACGGACGAAGCCGACGAAGGUCCUCCAGAAUCUUGGGGUCAUUCCACGGACCUGAACACACACACACAACACCGUCACGUCACCACACACUAAUCCCCGCCUCAAACGCAUUCGUGUGCGUGUGCGUGUGCGUGUCGUCUGUCAUUUGUCCUCUGUCUCGUGUCGGCAGAAAGUGCCUGACUGGCUGGCUAGCUGGCUGCGCACCUCUGUUCCAGCUCAUCCAUUCUUCAGGAUUUGAGUACUUGUUUGUCCCACCUGACGGAGAGACCGACGCACAAGCAUCACAUAACAAUUGCCUCGUCUCACACAAGCCUGUCCGACCAAGGAAGUCCGGGAGCUGGUCGUCAUCGGCAAACUGAGAUAGAAUGGGCCUGAGAUGGACAUAUCACAGACACCCGCCCGCGCACACCGCACAAGCACACCAGUGAAUAUCUUCUCCAGCCAUCCUUUCAUGUGGAUUGUCACUUGAAGCUCUUGAUGUCACCGCAUAGCUGAAUCUUCUUGACCGUCUUCUGAGAUGCCAGGGCACGCGGGCACUUGUGUGAAGGAACAGAGGGGUAUGAUCCGUGUGAGUAUGUGCUAGCUCACUUCAUCGAGGAGUGGUUUGACGAACUGCCAUAUGACGUUGAACACGGUUGGAGUGUUGACGAUGAUCAUAUUACCUGCGGCCAUCCAUUCCAUCGACAGCUCCUUAUCAAGCUCUUUCGUUUCGCUGGCGUGGCUGUCGCCCCCCUCCCCCUCUCACCCAGUGAUUCUGGGUAGUAGUCUUGACAGACACCCGUGAGCUUCUUGACGAUGGUGCGAGUCUGCGUCCCAAAGUGGCGAAGACCUGCACAAGACAUGUAUGCACACAUGCGGACAGGCCAGAGAGAACAGACAUGGAAUAGUUCGUCGUCCGUAAAGGAGGAUGGACGUACGUACCCAGCCCCGAGAGGUCGAGGACGGUGAGUGACUGUGAGAUUCUCUUGCCCGACUUGACACUGCAGGCGGGGAAACGGACCUCCAACACUGAAUUCACAUUAAGUAGAGGGGUGCUUCACACCCUGUGCAGACUCCUUGUGAUCCCGGCUGCUUUCGCGCGCGCCCUCCUUGUCUCCCGCCCACCCUUGUUGUACAUUUUUCGUAGUCUUGCACCCAGUAUUCCAGCAGGCGCUCGAAGUUGCAGUUCUCGAGCAGAGAUGCGACAUCGAUGGAGCCUAUCCGUUCGACGUAGAUGGGGCGGCCUGAGCACGCAGACGAGAAAACGCAGUCAGCCACCCAGCCAGAUGCACGGCUGGACCCGUCUGCACGUGACAAUUGGUGGGUGAGAGGCUGACCGUCUUUUGCCACUCCGUGAUAGCCGUGGGGGUAGAACUUCCUUAUGACCCUGGUCUCGGGGAACUCGCCCUCCUGACCACACAACACAGAUGACAUCCAUCCAUCAUCAGGUUGGUUGGUUACGUUGACGAUUCUGUCGACUCCGAAUUCCUCCCUCCACUUGAUGUAGUUUUUGAUCAUGAUGAGUGAUUUGUCGAGGUCGAACUUCCUCGCGCGCAGGAAGCGAAGCAGGAAUUGGUCGUCGUACCUGGGGUGGGAUAGGAGCUCUCCGAGAGAACUCUUAAAGGCCAUCAGCGUUCUCUCCUGCUCCUCACUCAAAUCACCCACGAAACCUGACAUCUUGACUCGGUACACAAGAUGCUCCGUAGGAUCUAAAGAAAGGAAGGCGGGAGGACCGGGCGGGAAGCAGAUACACGCUGCAAUGGCUGACGGAAGUCUUU